AUAAUGAGUAAUAUGGACAUUGAAAAUUCAGCUUAGGCAGCCUUCUUUGCUUCUGAUCCUAAAGAUAUGGUUGAGAAGUUAGAAAAUAUUGAAAUCGAUUCUGAGGUAAAAUGAGAGUAUAUUUAUAGCAUUUUGAUAGUCAAAUGGCUUGUUUAUAAUAUUUUUCAUAUAUUAUAACAUGGGAUAUUGUGAAUGCUAGAUUUUUCUAUUAUAAAUAUAUGGGACUUUUGGAAUCAGAAAUUAUUGGAAAGGAGAUCACCAAAUUUCUGAAAUUAGUUUAUGAAGAGAAACAUUCUGAAUUGAUUAAAGGAUGUGAUAAAUUGUGUGAGUUAUUGAAUAUCUUACCUCCAUAUAAGAAAUGGAUAAAAGAAUUAAAAAGUAGAGUAGCUGAUCAUUUGAAAAAUUUGGUUGAGAAGAAUUUCACAUCUAUUAGUGCUGCUCGUUUAAGUUCAUAUGGGUAUGAUUUAAGAAUAUAUAUAAGUGUAAAUCCAUAAGAAUAAUCCUAUGUUAAGAUUGAACAGAAGGAGUAAGAGAAAACACCAAUAGACAUAGAGAAAUUGAGUUAGAUUGCAAGGUUGAUUUAAAAUAUGGAGAAUAAGUGA